AGCAGCAGCUCGAGCCGCUCCGCCAAUUAGGAGCACCGAGCGUGGCCACGUGAACAAAUCCCGUUGUCUAAAUUCCCGGUUCAGCCGCGAGCAGCCCGGAGUGAGCGGCAGCCCCUGAAAGACGCACGGAGUGGGGAAGUAUCAGCUGCAGGCUGGACGGGAGCAGCGUGCAGGUACUGAGCCCUGCCUGCUCUGACACCGCGACCCCAGACGGACGGACCGGCUGACAGCCUCUGAGGAAAAAAAACAGAAAAAGAGAAAGAAAGGAAAAAAAAAAAGUUGGCAGAUACACAGAUAGGAGGACAAAGAUAGAAAUACAACCUCUUGUAAAGCGGUGGCCAGAGUGACAGAAGAGCACAUGAGGAGCGGAAACAACCUGAACUCCACAUCCUGACCGGUAACCUUGCUUCUGCACCCCACCGCAGCGCGCCCGGCGACUCCAGAAGUGGGCGUCAGCAGGAAGGAAACGAGUGACCACUCCUCCUGCAGGCAUGAGGUCCUUCCGCUCCUUCAGCAACGACGACCGCCACGUCAUGGCGAAGCACUCCACCAUCUACCCUUCCUCCCACGAGCUAGAAGCGGUCCAGACGCUGGUGUCCACCGUGGAGUGUGCCCUCAAGCACGUCUCCGACUGGCUGGAUCAGAGUAGCGGCGACGGCCACAACCAGUUCAACAGCCAACCGGCAGACAGCACAGAGGAGGACGACCCCGGCGAGGAGCCCGCCGACCAAACUGAAGAGUCCAGUGACGGCUACAGGGAGCCCAGCAGUGGCGGCGUGCUGUGCGGAGUGAUGAGGAUCGGCCUCGUUGCGAAAGGACUCCUGAUCAAAGGCGACAUGGACCUGGAGCUGGUGCUGAUGUGCAGAGACAAACCCACACAGACACUGCUGGACACUGUCUGUCAUAAUUUACCCGCACAGAUCGAGAAGCUGACAGAGGAGAAGUACGAGGUCACCAGCUCCUUGCCCGAGGCGGCCAUCUUGGUACAAACUACAACAGAGCCCAAACUCACCUUGAAGGUUACCCUCACCUCGCCGGCCAUGAGAGAAGACGGAGAUGAAGAGGAGGAGGAAGAGGAGGAGGAGGAGGAAGAGGAGGAGGGGGAGACGGAGAAUGGGGAGGAAGGAGAGGAGGCGGAGCAGCAGCAGCAGCAGGAGGAGGAGGAGGAGGAGGAGGCGGUGGAGCAAGAAGAGGAGGAGCAAGAAAAGAAAAACGGUGGAGUGUUGGGUGCUGCUGCGCAGAGAGUGGAGGCUGAGGAGGAGGAGGAGGGGGAGGUGCUGGAUAGACACAGAUGUCUGUUGGCCCUGGCAGCGCUGCGACACGCCAAGUGGUUCCAGGCCCGUGUGAACGGACUCAAGUCCUGCGUUAUCGUUCUCAGGAUACUCAGAGACAUGUGCAAUAGACACCCCGUCUGGGAACCUCUGAAGGGAUGGCCAUUGGAGCUGAUCUGUGAAAAGGCCAUCGCCACCUGCAACAGACCUCUGGGCGCCGGAGAAGCUCUGCGUCGGGUCAUGGAGUGCCUGGCCUCCGGCAUCCUGCUACCAGGUGGUCCCGGUUUACACGACCCGUGUGAGAAAGAGCCAACGGACACACUCGCCAGCAUGAGCGACCAGCAGGCUGAGGCCGUCACCUACAGUGCACAGCAUGCUCUCAGACUCAUGGCCUUCGGACAGAUCUACAAGGUGUUGGAGAUGGAGCCUCUCCCCUCAAAUAAACCAUCACAGAAAUACCCUUGGUCCGACAAAGAAGGCCUUGGUUUGAAGAGGCCGUACGAAGAUGGAGCCAUGGAUGACAAAGACCUCAUCAAGAAGAUGAAGAGGAACCUGAGGAAAGUCCUGGACAGUAAAGCCAUAGACUCCAACCAGCCAAUGAACGCCCUGAUGCGGUUGAACCAGAUCCGGCCGGGGCUGCAGUACCGCCUGCUGUCCCAGUCGGGGCCGGUUCACGCUCCGGUCUUCACCAUGUCCGUGGACGUGGACGGAACGGUUUACGAAGCGUCCGGAUCCUCCAAGAAGACCGCCAAGCUCCACGUGGCAGUCAAGGUCCUCCAGGCCAUGGGGUACCCGACGGGCUUCGACUCAGAUCUGGACCCCAUGAGUUCGGACGAGAAGUCGGACGGCGAGGGGAAGAGCGACACAUCCUCACACACGAGCAAUAACCCAGCACACUCCUCGGACAGUUCCAACACGUUGGAGGUGCGAACUCAGGGUCCCAUACUGACGGCGAGCGGGAAGAAUCCCGUCAUGGAGCUGAACGAGAAGAGACGCGGCCUCAAAUACGAACUCAUCUCCGAAAGUGGAGGCAGCCACGAUAAGCGCUUUGUCAUGGAGGUGGAGGUUGAUGGGCAGAAGUUUCGUGGGGCGGGCCCCAACAAAAAAGUAGCAAAGGCCAGCGCUGCCCUGGCAGCUCUGGAAAAACUCUUUUCUGGUCCCAACGCCGCUGCAAACAAGAAAAAGAAGAUUUUGCCUCAGACUAAAGGAGCCUUGGCCGCCGCAGCAGCAGCGUCCGCAGUAGCAGCUCAGGUAGCCAGAGGAAGAGGAAGGGCGGCCCUCGCGAGAGGAGCCUUCGUCAGCGCAGCUGCACCUGGAUACGUCACGCCAGGAUUCGGGACGCCGUACGGCUACAGCCCUGCUGCAGCAGCUGCUCCUGCAUACGGUGGUCUUUUCAUUGACAAUCCUUUCUACCAGCCGCGCACCAUUGCUCCUUUUAUUAUUCACCUGGGUCCGCAGGAUCUCUUCUCUGACUUCUAGAGGCUGCAGGUUGUUGGAUUCACUCUUUUACUCUCGCCUGUCGGUACACACAGGACACCGUUUGCUGCACACACGCCCACCCGCUUCUCUGUCCGCGUCGAGUGGGCCGCCUUUCUACCCUCAGCCGACAGAUUCAGAACUGUUCGAUCGAUCCUGCUGGAGAAACUCUCUGCCCGGACGUCGGGAGGGCAGAAGCCGCCCGGACGACAGAGGAGAGGCGGCGUCGCUCCUCCUCUAUCCCCGCUUUCUUUUUUUUUUUUUUUUUCCCCUCUCUGCCCAGAUUAUCUCUUCAGAGGAGAGCAACCUUACACAAAGCAAUACUCGGAUUUUACGAGAAACGUUCGGCUGCGACUGUGCGAGGCUGGGCUGAACUUUAGUCUUUCUUAUAGCAAUACACCUGAACUCCUCUCUUCGAGCUUACCUACUUGAGAAGAUGUGAAUGUUCGACGGAGUUUAACCCAACACAGCAUUGCAAUAGCUCAUUCUGAUUGUAUAUUCAUUGUAUGUGUGUGUACGUGUGGCUAUAACAUGACUAUAUACAUAUAUAUGUAUGAUGUAUUUCUAUAACGACGUGUUGACAAUAAUAUUAAUAUACGACCAUGUAUUUAUGUAAAUACUCUAUAAAAUAUAACUAUUGUUGUUAUAAAUUAUUUUAGAAUUAUAAAGUGAAAUGUAACUGUAAUAUCACAUUAUAGCUUUCUUCCAAUUUUAUAUACACUGAGCAAUUGAGGCUAGUUCUAGGAGAUGCAAUAUUAUCUUUGGUAUUCCUAUUAACCUGUGCUGUUAGAAUAAUGAUGCUUCCUUCUUUCCUUCCUUCCUUCUUCUCCUCUAUCUUUGAUGUCUUUCUGAGCCUUUCUGAGCACGCUCUCUGCUGCCCGAGGUUUGUUUACAUGGCCCGGACCAGAAGUGCUCGCUACUGAACACACUUGUAACCUACUUGUACUCAUACACACACACACACACACACACACACACACACACACACAUACACAAUCUCACACAUACACUCUCUUCCUGUCAGAAAGCACAUUUUCUAUUGUCUCACUGCUGGCAGGGAAUACUGUUGUUACAAAUGCUCUGUGUGUGUGUGUGUGUGUGUGUGUGUGUGUGUGUGUGUGUGCGUGUGUGUGUGUGUGCGUAUAGCGUUGGCUCUGAUGUACACACUCCUCCCUCCACCGCUAAUGGACACAUGGCCAUCAACACAAAAAAACAACACUAACGACAGCAGUCAUUGGCUCCGUCCCGCUCGCCUUAUAGGGACCAAAAGCACAGCUCGCUGGCACUCAUCACUGCUCACACACACACAAACACACACACACUCUGCCCUCCACAGCCAGUCUAUCUGUUCUUCACUGUGUGGAAGUGGCUUGUUUAAAAAAAAAAAAAAAAAGAUGGGGCGACGCAACAGCGCAGCACAAAACCAGCGGCUGGUAAAUGGAGAAGAGCCUCCACAGCUUCUGGUUUAUGUAACGACCAGACCUUGGAUUUGAUCCUUAUUCGUCUAUUUAGCGCCAUCAUGAGGGAAGGGUUUAUGUUUUGAAGCUGAGAUUAGGAGAUUAAUGGCUAUUAAAGCUAUGGAUGUAUUUG